UUUUUUUUAGAAUCGUCGAUAAGUAACAGCGUAACGACUAUAAGGAUUUGCACGAUAACGUAUCGUGUAAAAUGUCACUCACACGAAAGAAUAAAUCAAGGAGAAAUAGACGCAAUCCCAGUUCUAUGAAACGAUCUCCAAAAAUUUUGGAAAUAAUAUACGCCCCGGAGUCAUAGAACUGUACAGAUUGACUGGCGAAGUUCUUGGCGAAGGUGCUUACGCCUCGGUUCAGACCUGCAGAUCGCUGUACACCGAUCUAGAGUAUGCCGUGAAAAUAAUCGACAAAAUCCCCGGCCACGCACGGGCACGUGUCUUCAAGGAAGUGGAAACGUUCCAUCAUUGUCAGGGCCAUCCGAACAUUAUCCAAUUGAUCGAGUUCUUCGAGGACGAGGAGAAGUUUUAUCUGGUAUUCGAGAAAGUAAAUGGCGGUCAACUGUUGAGCCGGAUACAAGAAAGAAUUCACUUUAGCGAGCGAGAAGCCAGUCAAAUAAUCUUAGAGAUUGCAAGCGCGUUGAAUUUCCUACACAAGAAAGGUAUCGCCCAUCGAGAUCUGAAGCCGGAAAACAUUCUGUGCGUGUAUCCGGACAAGCUGACGCCGAUCAAAUUGUGCGACUUCGAUCUUGGUUCGGGUAUCAAGUUCAACAACUCGUUGUCGAGUCCUGUAGCGACGCCGCAGCUUUUGACGCCGGUCGGCAGCGCUGAUUUCAUGGCUCCGGAAGUAGUAGAGGCUUUCAUCGGCGAGGCGAAUUAUUACGACAAGCGUUGCGACCUGUGGAGCCUCGGCGUAAUUAUGUACAUUCUGCUCUGUGGUUAUCCACCUUUCUACGGGAAUUGCGGUUCCGACUGCGGUUGGGAGAGAGGAGAGAAUUGCCAGGCUUGCCAAGAGCUUCUGUUCACCAGUAUUCAAGAGGGCAGGUACGAAUUUCCGGACAACGAAUGGAAGUGCAUCUCGGAAGACGCGAAAGACUUGAUCAGGGGAUUGCUGGUGAAGGAAGCCCACCAGCGGCUCAGCGCCGAAAGUAUUUUGAAACAUCCGUGGAUCAAUCCUGGCCCGAGCGCCGUCGAAAAUACCGAGAAGUCGCUCACCACUCCUCAUAUUAUCAGGAGGAACAAUUCUGCCAGAGAACUGUCGGCGUUCGCCGAAUCGGCAAUGGCUGUGAAUCGCGUGGUACUUCAACACUUUUCGGUAAAUUUGGAGGAAUUGGCAGAGAAGAGGGAACCGAGGUUAUCAACGUCGUCGACGGAUGAGGAUAACCAUCCUUACGGGCACAUGUCCGACUCGAGCAGCGAAUUAUCCGAGCACAGUAAGCUUUGCGCCACUCACUCCUCCAACGAAUUCGACGCGAGCUCGUGCUUGAAAUCAUGCUCGGACCGAAUUUCGAAUACCGAUCCGAUCGACUCGAAAACCAUCGGGAAGAAUCGGCUGAUCGGCAAAGACGACUCGUCGCUUCACCGAUUGUUCGGUUUGUCACCACCCAGCGAGAGUCGUCUCAUGCAACGUCGUUUGAAGGCUCGUUCCGACUUGCUCGAACGUCAGUCGAACAAAGCGGUUAUCGCGUCCCCCAGUGGCUGAAAUUGUCGCGUUGUUGUCGUCAGGCUUGCUUGCGAACGAAACGAACGUGUGUCCUUUCUUGGUAGCGCGCGUGUAUAACUUUUGGUCUUUUUUACACGUCUCUCUGCGUAUAUACGGGGAUACGAGGGAAGCAUUGCCACACGCUCUCUCACGCUCGUCAUUAUCCGCCGAUGUAGUUACGAGCAAACGACAUCACGAUUGGCUAUAAACGAGAGAGAGUUGUGUCUGCUUCAUUGGGAUAUAUAACGAUGACGGAUGAUUCGCGCGACACAAUUGACGGCUAUUAUAUACUCGUAUGUCGGGGACAGAGGGGAAAACGAUAUAUAGCAUAAAACAAAACGUGUACAUAAUCAACUAUGCGCGACGCUAAUCAUGCACGACACUCGGUCAGACAAUAAUUCUUUGGCGAAUUUCUAUACCCCACAGAAUUCGGAGAAAUGUCGUAUCUUUGUCUUUUGAUUUUUUUUUCCUUGUCCUUGUUCUUACUUUCUUUUCUUUUUUUUUUCUUUCUUUCU